GCAUGCUCUCUGUUCACAGUGGGCCUGUGGUAUUUCACCAUCUCAUUCACUUGCAGACUGAGUCAUUCCCUGAUUUCCUCCAGAUGUGCACUAGUUUACGUUUCCUGACGGCCCUGGAUUGUGACAUUUCUGCCUCUUGCUCUGCAGCCAUUCUGCUGACAAAUACGAAUUCACGCUUGUUCCUGUGCCUUUUUUAGAGUUUCUUUCUUUUUUCUGACACUGACUGGAUGCUGUCAAACAAACAAACCUUAAUGCGGGAGCUGGGACGGCCUCUUGUUAAAAUGUAACCCUUUUAACUAAAAUCUGCAAUGAAGUGCUGACGCUUUGCCAUUUUUAUUAGCCCUUUUUCCUCCAGUGAGGGGGACUCUGACACCACGGCGGUGACUGGACGAGUGCAGUCAUGUGUCCUGAUUGUGUAAAUGGAGCAUCAACAAGUGUUUAGGGUCUUGUUUUUUCCUGCUUGCUUGCACAGCAAAAAAAAAAACCAGCAUCAGAGCCUGGCAGGGAUUUAAAUGUCACCAUGGGGAUCUUGCCCUGAGAUUACACUGCUUCCCUCCUUCACUUCAAAACUGGCACCGGAAGAUAAAAUUAAGCUUUUAUUGUUUUACAACUCAGCUGUACAGUAGCUCUUGUGAUGCAAUCCUCUUAAAAACAGCGAUUUAAAAAAAAAAAAAAAAAGGUGAUUUCUCGAUUACAACAAACAUUUCAAGACACAUUAUCUCUUCAGCCUUGGUUUUGAAUUUACAGUUCCUGCAUACUUGUAUACUCCUAGUAUGCAACCUAACUGGGACGCACUCGGUGACCUGAAAGUUCACACGUGUUAUCUCAUCCUGUUCAGCUCUCAUUUCCUUUAUAGCUCAAAUUAAUUUCCUGCUGGAUUCAUUCCAUCAUGACCAACCACUGUGUUUUUGACAGUUGUUCUGUCUUUAGAGGAAAACAAUCCAGAAUUUGCACGAUCACACAGGUGCAUUUGCACUUUCUCAUGAUUCCACGUCACCAUUGUGCCCAGUACAAUGAGAGCUCUAAGGCGGCUUGAUAAGUACAACAUUAUGAGUAAAUGAUCGUUCCCAAGGCUCCAAUUUCUGUUUAUAGUUAGCUGGACAUCACGGGAUCUCUUGCUUUGCUAGCGUAAGAUUAACCUCAGGUAAUUGCUCAACCUUUGCCCACUGACAACCUUUGGUCUCGUCCUACAGUACUCCCAGCCUCAUUCCACCGGUAGUUGAGCCAGUGUAGCCGGUGGAUGUGGUGCUAAAGACAAAUAAAAAAGAGAAGCAUGUGUGGGUGUUGAGAGUCAUCUGCUCCCUUUGACCUUGCUGCCCCUGAACGCCUCUGUCUGCUCUACCUCGCCUGACCGUCCACUCGUCCAGUGAGACUCACUCCCCGCCAUGUCAGCAGAGGUGGCGAACAGCGUGCCCAUCCCUGCCGAUGCCGGCGCCACCUCCCCAUCCGCAGGCUCGACCUCCAACACUCCGCCGGCCUCCCCUGCAACGGCCGCAUCCAAGGUCCCGUUCAAGAGAGAGAAGAAGAAAGUUCCAGAGAAGACCGAUGAGUACCUGCUGGGCAGGUUUCAAGGGGAUGGCGUGAGGUACAAGGCCAAACUGAUCGGCAUCGAUGACAUCCCAGAGGCCCGGGGAGACAAGAUGUGCCAGGACUCCAUGAUGAAACUUAAGGGCAUGGCAGUAGCUGCACGGUCCCAGGGUAAACACAAACAGAGGAUCUGGAUCAACAUUUCCAUGUCGGGAAUAAAGAUCAUUGAUGAGAAGUCAGGGGUGAUUGAACAAGAGCAAGUGGUGAACAAGAUCUCCUUCAUCGCCAGAGAUGUGACGGACAACAGGGCGUUUGGAUAUGUGUGUGGUGCCGAGGGACAGCAUCAGUUCUUCGCCAUCAAGACUGGACAACAGGCAGAGCCGCUGGUGAUUGACCUCAAAGAUCUCUUCCAGGUCAUCUUCAACAUCAGGAAGAAGGAGGCAGAGGCCUCACAGAAGGGUGAAAAUGGCUCUGCGGUAGUUGAGAAUGGAAAUGAUGCCUUGUUAAAUAUGGAUAGUCAAGUAAAAACUACCCAACCAGUGGAGCAGCUUGUCCUUUUUGGAGCCAUGUCAACCCCCCCAGACAUCCAGGCUCCAAAUGACUCAAAUGAUAUUCUCUUGCUGGACUUUUCCGCUGAAGUUGACAGCAAUCAGAAUUGCAUAAAGGGAAGCCCCUUUGUAACGUCCUAUGAUCCUGACCAUGGGCUGUCGUCCCAGACAGAGAAUCCCUUUUCCUCCACAUUUGGUUAUUUCCCAACUCCAGACAGUGACCCUUUCAAAGACGACCCCCUCUCUAAAUCACCUGAUAAUCCCCAGGUGUUCCUCUCCAGCCGUCACCUAAACGGCACUGCUGGCGGCACUAGUCAGACAAUUAUUAACGGUCCUUCGAAUGGAAACUCUGAACACCUUAGUCAGCAGAUGAAUGGGUUAACCAGCAAGAAUAUGAUCCUUGCUCUCAGUAACGGACAGUGGCCACUAGGGGGCAAAAUAUCUCAAGGCAGCACUACUACCAUGAUGGACGGAAAUGACUCUGGAGUCCUCUCGACCAAAAACCCCUUUUUUGACUCAUCUUCGAACACUUUGCCCGUCACUAAUGGCGUUACUCCUCACCCGCAACCCCCUGUGACUCAUAGCAAGGACUCAGUUGUCAUAAGCCCGCCUCCGCAGAGCUCUAAGGCCGGACGAGGUCGACGGAGUGGAAAGUCUGCAUCCAGUGACCUGUUUGGAGCAGAGCUGUUUGCUGCUCCUGCUCCAUCUGAGGGUUCAUCUGCCCCAAGUGACUUUUUCAGCAGUGCACCUGCCAACUCCGCUCCCUCCUCCUUAGCUGCCCUGGGGAAUCUUCAUCUAAGUCCUCCAGCUAUCACAAGCAUCCCUGCUGCAGGCAUGUGGGGAGCCCCCACUGCAGCGCCCUCCAUGUUCCCCAUGCCAGGAGUGACCGCUCCAGGCCCUCUGCCUAACUUCCCACAGCCGUCGGCCUUCGGUGGUCUACCCAUACCACCCACAGCCUGGGGCCAGCCGGUGCCAUCUCAGUUUGGCGUCCCGCCCCACGCCUGGGGCCAGCCUCCACCACCUGGCCAACUCGGAGCUCCAGGUUGGGGUCAGCCUGCAAUGACCAAUCCUUUCCACGCAGGCCAGUUCGCGGCGAUGGGCGAGCAGCAAGGUCCGUCGCGCCCCCCUCCCAGGCCCCCGGUAAAAGAGGCCCCUCCAAAGGUAGAGAACAGCGCCUUCACAGCUUUGGACCCUCUCGGAGAUAAAGAGAAGAAGUGUGGAAAGGACAUGUUCAAGGACUUCCAGAUUGCCAAGCCUCCAGCCAUCCCAGCGAGGAAAGGGGAGCUCGGGACCAACUCUGCUCCGGCCCCCAUCAGCAGUGAGCCAGGGUCUUUCGAUCAAUACUUUUCCAAUAAAGUGGGCCUGGUUCAGGAUGUUGCAGAUCAUGAUGACUUUGAUAUCCAUCAAAUGUCAGCAGUUAAUGAUUUCCCCAAACCUGCUCCUGCUCCUGCUGCAGCUCCAGCUCCAAGCUUUAACGCUGGCCUCCUCGAUGCCUUCUCCUCUGCCUCCAUCUCAAAUAACUCCGCACCAGCCCAGGGACAAGGCCUCAAUCAGGACAUGUUCGAUGAAGCAUUUGGGUCUCCAAACCCGAGUCUGUUCGGAGGGCCGCCUGUAACUAUGCAGACUGCCACUGUUGGUCAGACAUCUGGUUCAACAGCUGCUUUUGGGGAUCCCUUUGGAAACCCCUUUGCUUGACCUCAACUUUAUUCCCAGAGGAUUAAAUGGAAAACGGAGAUCUUCACGUCCCACCUUUGGGACAAUCUGCCCGAGACAAUCCAACAAACUCUUUUCCCUGAUGUUUCAUGUCUGUCCAAUCAGUAGUGCCCUUAUUUUUGAAGACCACUGAUCUGAGAAGUAAAUGUUGUGUCAUGAUCUGCUGAAGAUAGAAACAAGGUGUGUGUGUGUGUGUGUGUGUGUGUGUGUGUGUGUGUGUGUGUGUGUGUGUGUGUGUGUGUGUGUGUGUGUGUGUGUGUGUGUGUGUGUGUGUGUGUGUGUGUGUGUGUGUGUGUGUGUGUGUGUGUGUGUGUGUGUGUGUGUGUGUGAAAAUAUAUGUCAAAAGAGGCUCACUGCUGAAGCUGUGUGUAUUAAAGAAAUAAAAAUAAUUCAACCAUGA